AUGAAGUGCAUCGCUCUGUGCCUGGUCGUCGCCGUGUCCUACGUGCUGGCCGACACCAAACCCAUCGAGGUGAUCUCCCGCGAGGAGGUCCACGAUGCUGCCGGGCAGUAUUCGCUCUCGUACCAGACGGCCAACGGCAUCACGGUGGUGGAGCACGGCGAGCUGAAGCCCACCCCUGACGGCAAGGACCACGUGCUGAUCAAGAGCGGCCAGUACCAGUACACCAGCCCCGAGGGCAAGCCCGUCGACAUCAAGUACAAGGCCGACGAGUUCGGCUUCGUCGCCACCGGAGACGCCAUUCCAGUCGCACCCGUCGCCUGA